UAUUUGUCCCCUCCCUUCUUAUCCUCACUCACCUCACUCUUUAUAUAAAACACUAUUAUCUGAUCAUAACGCAGAGAAACGCAAACGCAGCGUGUGAUUUUGAUUGAUUCUGUAUUCCACAAAGAGUUUUAGUUGAGAGCGAGUAAAAAGAUGCAGACGGUAUCAGUUGACGAAACCAAAAACACGGUGGUGCUGCGGGCGGAGCACCCGGACAAGGAAAGUCGGAAAUCUGUCGAGAAAUUCGAAGUGAAGACUCGAAACCCGGAGACGAUCAAGCAGGUGGAGCGGAAGCUGAUGGAAAAAGGCGUUCAACGGAUGGAUAGGCACUCUUCCGACGGAAUUCCGCUCAAACGACCGCCGUCAAAGUCCGGUCACGGUGGGAAAUACACGUGGGAGGGGCCUGAUCGAAUGGAGGAUUACGAGAUGCAGCCAGAUCCGCCGGCGAUGGACGAGGGAGAUCCAAAUUACGACGAGGAACAGACGAAGAAGAAGAUCGGUGAUGAUGACGUGGCGGUGGCUCUUGUGAGAGGAGAGGUUGAGGUGGCGAAGGAAGCGCCGGCAGGUGUGGCUAGAGUUGAGGUUGAUCCUCGCUUGAUCAGUCAUUAGUGGGUUCAUCCGAGUUUUUAAGGAAGUUGUGGGGCGAAUGUGAGAAGUAAGGGAAAAUGUGAUGGUUAGAUUUUUAAUUUCGAGUUUGUGAUGUUUUGCUAUGUAUUGACGUGGAACGCUAUCUGUGUAAAAUAAUAAUAAUUGAACCCACUCGGUGAUCUUUUGUA